AUGAGUGACAGCUCUGGUGUCUUGCUGUUUGGUCAAUUUGAAGGUGUUGGUCAAGAACGGCCCGACGACUGCUCAAAGCUUCCACCGUCGCCGUACCCCAGUGAGGCCACUUUCGUUCAACCCGGUGAAGGCCCGGUGGAUAACAUGGAAACUAAAGACUCCAAGCAGGAAGAACAGCGCUGCCGCGAAGCAGCUUCUGUUGGCGCAAAGAGUACACAAGCUGCUGCUCCUGCUGGCCGUCCUAGGGAAAUGAAUCCUGUUGUGCCUGAAAGCCUCCUUCCCCACCGGACCAGAGCGAUGUUGGGUGGCCCACCGCCACCACCGUCCCCCAUGGCCGCACACGAUUACUCCAGCUCCUCUUUUUCGCCGCCGGAAACUGCCGAGGAAUGGGAAAAACUACAGAUGCUUCGCGGGUACCAAGAUUACUAA